CUGCCCUGCGCGGGGAUGGGCGGUCACUCCUUGGUUUCUCCUUAUAAAGGCGCGGCGCAGGACCUGUUGCGCUCUGAUCCCGGCUGCCGCCGCACCGCACCGCUCCGGGUCUCCAGCUCUCAUUCACACUCGGGGAGGGGGGAAAUGAUGGACUUUAAAGAGUUCGGGGACGAGUCCUCGGAGGGGGACGCGGAGGACCUGGACAGCGUGAAGGCGCUGACGGAGAAGCUGAAGCUGCAGACGCGCAGACCCUCCUAUCUGGAGUGGCAGGAGCGCGUCCAGAGCGGACCGUGGAAGGACGCGCACCCCGCAGAGGGACCCGGCACGGGGGAACCGGGACAGGACGUGUCCGUCCCGGCGGUGCUGAGGAACGAGAACUCGCAGCUGGUUGUGCGCAACAUCUGCGGAUUUGACACCAUCGAUGAUGCUUUGGAGUUUCUGAGAAAAGAGCUGAGGGAGAUGCAAGUCCAGGACAACCGUCUGGCCCGUCAGCUGAUCCGCCUGCGGGGGGAGAUCCACCGGCUGAAGGUGGAGCAGGUGUGCCACCGUCACAAGGAGAUGCUGGACGACGCCACGUACGAGCUGGAGGAGUGCGGCGAGGAGUCGGACCUGCUGUGUGACAUCCCCAUGAAGGCGGCCUUCGCCCUGUCCACCCCUCUCAAACAUCUGGGCCUCACCAAGAUGAACAUCAACUCCAGGCGCUUCUCGCUGUGCUGAAGCUGCUGAGGAUGUCCCCAUCGCCCUGUCGCUCUGUGUACACACUGUUUGUGUUAUUCCCCCUUCAGGAGGUGUCGGGCGGACACAGUGAAGAGAGGCUGCCAGACACUUAGACACACCACUUCAGUUCAGCCUUGGCUGGAUGUUACACAGACAGCAGACCUGAAGGGCCACUUAUUUACUCCACAGUCUGGUUCCUAUUGUGACUGUUUUGUUUUUGUUUUUUGGGCACAAUGCAAGAGCAUAGAUGAAGAUUUAUUUGUAGAAUUCAAGGAGGAAUGGGCAUUAUGUUAAUAACAUGACUGUUUGGUGUUACAUUGAAAUGGAUAGAAAUGGUUACAUUUAGCUUACAGAGACUUUAAACCAUUGUACUGCAAAGCAGUGAUGACGGCCUCAUGCUCUCAAAACCGUGAAAGUCGGCAUAAAACAGAAUCAAGUACAAAACACACUCACACACACACACACACACUCCAGCUACUGGAGUCUUCACUGGGCCGCUGCCUCCAGCAGUAUCCUCACAGGAAGCCGGGGGUCGCCCUGCAGCAUUUUUACACCUCACAAACCAAAAAUAUCUUCACAGCCUCGUCGCUGCAGUGACAGGAUCCAGUGCUCUGCGUCUGAUGCAUUUUGUUUUCCAUGACCGUGUCCAGAUGCCGCCGAGCACAGACUGCUAUACAUGGCUCGAUCUGACAUAAUGUAAUCUGCUGCUCCGGCGGCUCGCCGGAUGACUUGUUAGACUUGGUUAGUGGGAAUCCACAAGCAUGAUAUAGUUUGCUGAAUGGUAGAAUGUGUCAUGGUUGUUGUUAUGGAACAUUUACUGACAUUUUUACAACUCUUUAUAUAAUAAAUGAUGCAAUUGUAAUAUAAAAGUAUCUACUUUUCAAAUUAUUUUAAAUCCAAGAUGUGUUUGAAUAAAAAUUACUGUUGUUUUUCCAAUAAUUAAAUACUAAAACACACUUUUUUAAAUAUCAAAGCAGAAACAAACGAGACAAUCGAAUCAUACACUAAUUUGACCCAGAGCAAUAACAACUGAUAAAUAGUUUGAAGUGGAAUUAAAUAACUUUCAUUACCAUUGUUUAGAAAUUAUUGGAAAUUGUCUCACAAAGAGUGAAGAUUUCAGUAACAUGCUGCCCUCAGACUGACGGUUACUAAUGUCUGCUGAAAACAGAGUGGAAAAAAAAGUUAUGAAAACAGUCAAUGCAAUAUGUUGAAUAAAGGCUGUAAUUAGAACUGAAUGUUAGUCAACAUGUACAGAAAUUUCGAUUUUUUAAAAUGCAUGUGUAAAAAUCAAGUUGUAUUAUUUUGUAAGUAAUUAAAAGCAUUUUUUAAUAAAAAUAUGACUUCAUGUUCCUCUGGA